ACGGCGGCUUUACACACCGCUCAAUAAAUUCCUAUAAAACGCCUUCGCCCAAUUUCAUUUCAUCUCCCCAUUUCCUCUUUCCUCGACACCUCUCCAUUUUCGCCCCUCCAUCUCUCUCAAAGAAUCUCUCGUUCUCUUUUUCUCCCUCUGAAAAUGCGUGAGAUUCUUCACAUUCAAGGUGGCCAAUGCGGCAACCAGAUCGGGUCCAAGUUCUGGGAGGUGGUGUGCGCGGAGCACGGCAUCGACGCCACCGGGCACUACGAAGGGGAUUCGGAUCUGCAGCUGGAGCGCGUCAAUGUGUACUACAACGAGGCUAGCUGUGGGCGAUAUGUGCCUCGGGCUGUUCUCAUGGAUCUGGAACCGGGUACCAUGGACAGCAUCAGGUCUGGGCCCUACGGCCAGAUUUUCCGGCCCGAUAACUUCGUGUUCGGACAGUCCGGCGCCGGUAACAACUGGGCUAAGGGGCAUUACACGGAGGGAGCUGAGCUGAUUGAUUCCGUCCUGGAUGUUGUUCGCAAGGAAGCGGAAAAUUGCGAUUGCCUGCAAGGGUUUCAGGUCUGCCAUUCGUUGGGUGGGGGAACUGGAUCCGGAAUGGGGACCCUUCUGAUUUCAAAGAUCAGAGAGGAAUAUCCUGAUAGGAUGAUGCUGACUUUCUCUGUUUUCCCAUCCCCAAAAGUCUCAGAUACCGUCGUUGAGCCUUACAAUGCCACAUUAUCCGUUCAUCAGCUCGUGGAGAAUGCAGAUGAGUGCAUGGUUCUCGAUAAUGAGGCCUUGUAUGAUAUCUGUUUCCGAACACUGAAACUCACCACUCCAAGCUUUGGUGAUUUGAACCACUUGAUAUCUGCAACCAUGUCUGGUGUUACCUGCUGCCUGAGGUUUCCUGGCCAGCUUAACUCUGAUCUAAGGAAACUUGCUGUGAACCUCAUUCCAUUCCCCCGUCUUCACUUCUUCAUGGUCGGUUUUGCUCCUCUGACCUCGCGAGGAUCUCAGCAGUACCGCGCACUGACUGUCCCCGAGCUGACACAGCAAAUGUGGGAUGCGAAGAACAUGAUGUGCGCAGCUGAUCCUCGACACGGGCGCUACUUGACAGCUUCAGCUAUUUUCCGUGGGAAGAUGAGCACGAAGGAGGUUGAUGAACAGAUGAUCAACGUGCAGAACAAGAACUCGUCCUAUUUUGUGGAGUGGAUUCCCAACAAUAUGAAAUCAACUGUGUGUGACAUCCCGCCAACUGGGCUCAAGAUGGCAUCCACAUUCAUCGGGAACUCAACCUCGAUCCAAGAAAUGUUCCGUCGGGUGAGCGAGCAGUUUACUGCCAUGUUCAGGAGAAAGGCUUUCUUGCACUGGUACACCGGGGAGGGGAUGGAUGAGAUGGAGUUCACGGAGGCGGAGAGCAACAUGAACGAUUUGGUUGCGGAGUACCAGCAGUACCAGGAUGCAACAGCUGAUGAGGAUUGUGAGUAUGAGGGUGAAGAGGAAGAGUAUGAGGAUUGAUUGAUCCCAUAUGUUGGGAGAAUUUUUAUAUACCUGUCUGUAGGAUAUUGAUGAUGUUGUAUUGACAAUGUCAACCAUAUUUCAAUGGGAUUGCAAUCUUUUUUACUUUC